CCGUCUGCUGACGAGGAGCCCAUCACUGCUGUGCGAACACGGCUCUGGAAACUUCUCGUCCAUAUUCAGGAUGCUUCACUAGGAGGUUUGGGUUUAGGUGUUUUUGGAGAUGGAUUAUCGUUCGAAUUUUUUAUUCGCAGAAUUUCGACGUGCUGUGAGAAAACUACAGCAGCUUUUUGCAGCUGAAAUGUAAACAGCUGUUUUCCCUAAAGGACAACAGCAAGAGGUCAAGAGGUGGCAUUCUUGGACACGUGGUGGAGAUGCAGGCAGUUUGGGUUCUGAUCAUCUUGGUAGAGGAAGGUUUUGCAUUGGCUCAGAAUGAUAAAGCAUUGUCUCAGAAUGUGGCUGAAGCAAGCAGGCGGUCUCACUGUGGAACAUGGACACGUGAUAGUAACGGCGGAACAUUCAGCUCCCCAAACUACCCCAACACCUACCCGCCUAACAAAGAGUGUGUGUACGUCCUUGAGGCAUUGCCACGGAAGAGAGUCCAGUUGGUGUUUGAUGAGAAUUAUUAUAUCGAGCCAUCCUUUGAGUGUCGAUUUGACAACAUUGAGAUCCGUGAUGGACCAUUUGGUUUCUCUCCACUGAUAAACCGUUUCUGCGGAUCUCAGAGCCCAGGAGUGGUCACCUCCACAGGGCGCUUCAUGUGGAUCAAAUUCACCAGUGAUGAGGAGCUAGAGGGAUUGGGCUUUCGAGUGGAUUACACAUUUCCUAUAGAUCCCGACUUUCAUCUCCAUAUAGGAGGACUGUUAAAUCCCAUUCCAGAUUGCCAGUUUGAGCUAACUGGUCCUGAUGGCUUGAUCAGAUCCAGUCAGGUGGAAGAGGAGAAUAAAGUGAAAUCUGAUGAAGCUGUGGACUGCAUCUGGACCAUCCGAGCUCCACCUAACAACAGGAUCUUCCUUCGUUUCCUGGAAUACCAGUUAGAGAAUUCCAACGAGUGUAAGAAGAACUUUGUUGCGGUGUACGAUGGCAGCAAUGCAAUUGAGGACUUGAAGGCCAAGUUCUGCAGCACUGUUGCUAAUGACCUCACACUUGAAAACGACGUGGGGGUGGUCAGAAUGUGGGCUGAUGAGACGAGCAGACUAAGCAGAUUCCGCAUGCUCUUCACCUCCUUUGCUGACCCUCCAUGUGUGUCCAACACCUUCUUCUGCGACACCAACAUGUGUAUCAACCAGACUCUGGUGUGUAAUGGCAUUCAGAAUUGUGUCUUCCCCUGGGAUGAAAACAACUGUAAAGAAACAAAAAGUAAAGGCAUUUUCAUGCAGAUGAGUAAGACUCACAGCACAGUGAUUGCCGUGUCCACCGGUGUGGUUCUUCUUCUGCUUAUCCUGUCUGUGAUGGUGCAGAUGAAACAGCCCAGAAAGAAGGUGUUGGCACGUAAAAAUCUGUUCAGUGCUGCGGAGCUGCAGGAAGUCCUGGAGCCUCCUCAUUACGAGCUCUUCUCCCUGCGCGAGCGGGAGGUGCCAGACGAGCUGGCAAAGCUGUCUGAGGAGUUGGAGAGUUUUCAGAAACUCCGUCGCUCCUCCUCUGCAUCACGCUGCAUCCAUGAGCAUCACUGCGGUGCCCCUGGCAGCGCAGCCCCUGUCACUAUGGCAACCAGAGUGCAACACUUUUCCCAGGGCUCAGAUGACCUGCCUGUGGUUCAGGGCGUCCGAGGCUUCAGCAACUUUGCCACCCGGAGGAGCAGCCACGGUCCUCACACACACUCACUCCCCCACGCUGCACACACACACACGCACAGCAUGCAGAGCCUGCGGGAUGCGCUGGAGGGUGGAGCAUAUGGGCUGGAGGAGCGGGUGAUGGAGGAGAUCGGCUGCAGAGAGGUCUUCAGCCGUGGAGAGAUGUUUGGCCAUGGCGGCAACAUUGCCAUGGCACGUAGCCAUGGCAACCCCGUCCAGCAGCGAUCACUUUCCAUGGACUUUUGAACAGACUGGCAGACAGCAGAUACCUGUUUAUGGACACUAAGAACUCAAGAGCAUCAAACUCACAGGGACCACUGCAAUGGACCUCUGGAAAACAUUAAUUCCUUUCAAACUUAGGAUUCUGUUCAUUCAGGGUGCCAGCUCUUGAGGAGCGUCAUCCAGUCCAUGUUUUAGUUUUACUCUCAACACAUUUUGGACUGAAUUAAUUCACCUAUCCGUGCACUGAGCUAUCCAUGCUCGCUGUCAGAACAAAACAACAGAACCUUGUAUCUCCAAAAUGGUAUCUGUAAAGGAGAAAGAAAAGCUUUAUUAAUGUUUACUGUAAGUUAAUGCAUUAAAUAUGUGUUCUAAGUAAAUUUGCACUUAUAGGUUUAUUAAUUAUAAAGUUUUGACGCAGUGUAAUGCAGCCUAAUUUUGAUGACCAGCAACAUAGUGCAGCUUAGUAGUAUAGCAUUAUAAAUUGGAAAAUCAGUAUUACAAAUUUAUACUCCAACCCAAAUACAUUGGGUUGAAUGGACUUUUUGCCAAUGUUCUGUCAAGCUUGCACAACCUUGUAGCAGUUGUUACAAAAUAACACAUUUGUGAGUGGUGCAUGGAUUGGUCAGUUAGCUCAAAGGAGGUGGUAGCUGGUACUGGAUGAAAAUAUGGAUUUGCUGGUGAUUUUGAAAGACCACUGAUUCAGCAGCUUCUGCUGUGAGCCUGUGUUGGAGGCGACCAGCCCCUUAAACUGUUUUGCUGUUCUGUAUAACUAUACUUUUGUGUUUAUCUUAUUUUAUGCAUUUCUAACUAAUCUCCUAACUUCUCCAUAUGACCAAUAUUGAUUGUAGAUACCAUGUGACUACUAUUGAAUCCCCUUUGUUUUUUCCUUCACCAUCAAGAUGUAGAUUGAGACACAAGGUGAACUGUGCUUUCUUAGAUUGUUUGACAUUUCUGUGCUCAGCAAUUCUUUAGAAUUUUUAGUACAUGGUCACUGGAAUGAUACCAAGGUAUGCUGAAAAUUACUUUAGCUCUUAAGUCUCUUCAAGUGUGAUAAAGAAAUCUUUAGCUCCAUAAUCAGGGGUCAGCACUCUUCCAGUGGACUGUAAGUAUUGUUUUGAUUGACAGCUACUGUUUUUAGCUACGCUAACAUACUUUUGUCAAUGUUUAUAGAUAGCAAUGUGUCAUACAGUGUCAGAAAACACAGUCAAGUCUAUUUGACAUUACUGAACAACUCCACUCGAUUUGAGACAACUUAGAUAUGCAGUUAAGCGCCAUGUUAAUUAGUGGAGUAUAAGCUUCCAGUAUUGGUUAGCUACAUUAGCAUCGCAAGUCCAGUGCUAAAACUAAAGAAGCAAACCUGAGGACACCAAGCAUAUACGACUAUAUGCAAAAAAAUGUCACAGUGUUCGCAUAAUGAUGGCAACACAAAACUGCACCCAAAGACCAUCUAAUUUUAUACAGCAGUUCAGUAAAAGAAAUGAAAUUUCAGUAAUAAAUAUUCACACUACAGUUCACUUGGAUGACAACACCCAGGUUUACAAGACAGCAGAGAAAAUGAAAGUCUAUAUUUUUUGUUUUAGCCAGCAUCUUUUGCUUGUUAACUAUUAAAUGUAAGGAGGACAUGCUUGUAGUCCAAUACUUGAAGAUAAUAGAAGAAUGGAUGAAAACAUGGUUUACAUUUUUCUUUCCUCCUGUUUAUUGCCAUCAGCAUGUGUUCAGAUUGCUGUUUACUGAAAUUAUGUUGUGUUUUAGUGUUUGAUGUACAUUAGUGGAUGAAUUUAAAAGGGCAUGAUAAAGAAAGGGGUUUAGGUAGCUGACAAAAAGUUACAACAGGGGUUCCCAAUCAGUCCUGGUUCUAAUACCAUACCUGACCCAGACACCGAGGUGCUUGGUUAUUAGUUAUUGAGAUGAAUCAACUGUGUUUGAUGAGACAAAGCACAAAAAAUGUGCAUAAUGUGGGGUCGCCAAGACUGACAUCAGGAACCCCUGAGUUAUAGCAUGCUUUUCUUUUGCACUUCUGAGUUUAGUCAGCCAUUACGAAACAAUGUUUUCUUAUAAAGCAGUUAUUUCUAAUUUGACGUCUUUAUGAUUUUGUCUCUAAUUUGGUGUCUCACUGAUGCGCAGUGUCAUGCUGUGCAGUGCUGCAUGACCUGUAGUUUGUAGUAUGGCAUAUCAUCAUCAUCAUCAUCUUAAUAACACCACAUAUCUCCCAGAUGGUAACUUUCCAGUACAAGGAAACAUGUUCUUAACUUAGGUGUAUGUUAAUGUAGUUUAUUAAAAGUAUUUUUUGAUAUUUUGUGACAAAUGCUUGUUGAUCUAUUUAACAUGAAAUUUUGAUAUGACAUCAACAGUAUUUUAUUGGUUCUGUUCUUUGCCCUCCAAACUUUUGGUGAGACACUGUACGAUUGGGCUACAACACAGCAAGGAAAGCUGGAAUAACAUGAAAAAAGGAAGAUCAGUAAUAAAGAAAUCCAAUGCGCACUCAAAUAAAUGGAAUUACCUUUCUACCAUUGCAUGCUUGUGCUUCAUGAGACUGUUGUUUAAUUUCUAGUCAAAACAUUUAGUACAAAGUAUUCGUUUUUCAGCAUAAGACAGAAAAGUAGAAAACAUUUAACAGAACAGUCUGGGUGGCAUGGAUGUUUGGCGCCUUGUUUUCUCUGUAUCAAUUUUUUGAAUUCCAGCUUUGUUCUGACUUUGCUUAUACAAGGGGAUUAUUGCAUAUA